ACGGUUUCGAUCCCCUCUCGUCAUGAUUUGUCGUCGAACACGAAUUUCGAGCGAAUAAGGCCCAGAAAAACAGAGCAAGUGUCAUUCCUAGUCAGUGUGUACUUGAUAGUGUGUAGUGAUUAGAACCGACAUGUACACCAGGAGUGUAAUUUUCCUGCUUAUUACUUCGUCUGGAAUCUAUGCUCAUCCUCGAAGGUAUAAAGGUGAUGACGCGAGCGACGAUUUGAAUAUCGAGGAUAAGAAUCGGGCCACUAACGAAAUUGGAAAAGCCAUUUGGAACGCGGCCAUUACGAUCGACAAGUUUGGCCGCGAAAUUAAUCGCGAGUUGGAUUUGGCUCUGGAAGAAAGAGACAUAUCAGAAAAUAGUCCCGAGAAGUCGGAAAAAGCUAAGCAACUCUUGCAGGACUCAAAAAAGAGAUUAGACAUCGAGUUAAGAAGAAACAAUGGGCUCCUCAAACGCCUUCAUUCUUUGGGCUGGCGUGAAUCAAUAGACGCAGCUCCUUAUACGACUACAAACGAGAAACAUCUCGUAAUUAAAAAACCUGGCGUGCAGGGAAAGUUAUUCGAGAGAUCAGCAGGCCCCGAAUACACUUUUUCCGAUAGAUCUUCCGACUUGAGUCGACCAGAGGAUGAAGAAAAACGCAUCGAGUUGAUAUCAACUUCUAGGGAAAAAAGAGGAUCAAAGAACGACGCCGACUCAUUGGUGCUAAUCGAUCAGGUGAGAAAUCCGGGUAAAAAAGAAACAGGAAACCAAGAGGAAGAGACGGAAAAUUUUGGACCAUCGCAGAAUGACGAUUUGAAGAACUCGGAUAGGAAAUUUGAAAAUGAAAAUUUCACCGAUUCGUCAAGAACAGGGAUAGGAGGAGACGAGGAAGAACCUGGAGACGCGGAUGUUGAUAAGGACACGGAAUACCCGGAAAUCGACGAACCAUCUGAUUAUGAUGGAACAGAAAAUUCAAAUGGAACAAUUGGAAGUGAAGUUGGUUCCGAGUUGUUGAAAAAGUCUGAAGAUUUGGGGGAAGAAGAUGAGGCGAAAGAUCCGGAAGAUCCGAACACAGCUGAAUACUCAGACGAUGAAGAACCUUCAUAUGACGAGGAUGAAACAGAGAAUUCGAACACGGCAGUGGGAAAUGAAGUCGAUACUGAUUCAUCAACAAAAUCUGAAGAUGUGGAAGAAGGAGAUGAAGAGCCAGAAAAUUCGGAUGACAAGAAUACAGCGGAGUACCCAGAAAAUGAAGAAGAUUCUCAUUUAGAGGAUGAAAAGAAAAAUUCAAGUACGAAAGUGGGAAAUGAAGUUGACACUGAUUCAUCAACAAACUCUGAAGAUGAAGAGCCAGAAAAUUCAGAUGACAAGAAUACAGCGGAAUACCCAGAAUAUGAAGAAGAUUCUCAUUUAGAGGAUGAAAUGAAAAAUUCAGACACGAAAGUGGUAAAUGAAGUUGACACUGAUUCAUCAACAAAAUCUGAAGAUGAAGAGCCAGAAAAUUCAGAUGACAAGAAUACAGCGGAAUACCCAGAAAAUGAAGAAGAUUCUCAUUUAGAGGAUGAAAAGAAAAAUUCAAGUGCGAAAGUGGGAAAUGAAGUUGACACUGACUCAUCAGCAAAAUCUGAAGAUGUAGAAGGGGAAGUUGAAGAGCCAGAAAACUCGGAUAACGCAAAUACGAUAGAAUACCCAGAAAAUGAAGAUUCUCAUUUAGAGGAUGAAGCGAAAAAUUCAAGUACAAAAAUGGGAAAUGAAGUUGACACCGAUUCAUCAACAAAAUCUGAAGAUGAAGAGCCAGAAAAUUCGGAUGACAAGAAUACAGCGGAGUACCCAGAAAAUGAAGAAGAUUCUCAUCUAGAGGAUGAAAAGAAAAAUUCAAGUACGAAAGUGGGAAAUGAAGUUGACACUGACUCAUCAGCAAAAUCUGAAGCUGUGGAAGGAGAAGUUGAGAAGCCAGAAGAUCCAGAUGCAGAAUACCCAGAAAACGAAGUUCCUGAUUACGAGGAUGAGACCGAACAUUCAAAUUCAACAGAGAGUGAAGUUGGCUCCGGGUUGACAGAUCCUGAAGAUUUAGGAGAAGAAGAUGCAGAGCCUGUAUCUAAUGGCAAGGAAUACCCGGAAACUAAUGAAUUGCCCCAAAAUAAGGGAUCGAGCAACUGGAGUACAACAGUUGGGAGUGAAGUUGGCUCCGGUUCAACAAAGCCGGAAGAUUUGAGAGAAGAAGACGAAGAACCAGAAAAUGAAGAUGCUUCUGGUGUCGGGAAAUACCCAGAACAUCAGAAGAGCGAAAAACAGCCCCCGAGUGAAAAUCCAAAGAAAGAUUUAAAAACGACAGUCGAAGAUGCAAGCAAUUCCAAUUCUUCGGUAACAAUGGAGGAUCCGGGGAAAUCGGAUGAAGAUGCUUCGAGAGGAUCGGAAUCCACCGAAGACUCCGAAAUGUCUCAUGAAGACGACGGCCAGGAAUAUAUGGGCGCAGGUGGAGGAGACGAAGAAGUCCCGGAAGAGUCAUCCGAGCAACAAAGUGACGAGGAAGAGCCAAACGACUUGAAAAAGGACGACAGCGACGCGGGACAUUUAAGAGGCGAGAAAUGGACCGAAAAUGGCGGCGAGCCCAAAAUUCCGGAUAGGCAGAGAAACGAUGGAGAAAGCAAGAAAAACUCGCGUAAAGAAGACAGCGAGAAAAGCAGGGAAACGGUGAAAAAGAAGAAGGUGGAAAACGAUCAGCCAAGAAACGCUACGACUUUAGAUGGGAAACUUCUCCCCAAGGAAAAUAAGGCUGAAGAAGAGACAGGAAAAACGAAUUCGGAACCCGAUUCUUCCCAGAAAGCCGCACCGGAAGUUCCCUUCACCUCCUCUAAAGAGUCUUCAGACGCCGCAGAACAGAAACCGGAAGUGAAGCUGGUUCCGCUUCCCACGGAAGAGAACGCUUCCGGAAAUUCGACGAAAUCGGCGACAGGGACUCCGAAAUUGAACGUUGAGGGUUUUCCUAACAAAACUAGUAUACUGUUGAAAAUUAUUAAGAAAACGAUAAUCCUAGCGCCGAAAAUCGAAUCUCGGGGAGCGAUUAUCUCCGAUCUGCCGGAAAAACCUGAGGACGCCAUUAUGGUUGCGCCUCCAAUUUCUUCAAAUUUCCCAAACGAGGAGAGGCAGGGUAAAAAUAUUUUCAAUACUGACCCCGGAAGUCAAAGCACACGGACAAUUCUCGAGGAACUUUCUGCACAAUUACGCAUAUUACUUCAAGGAUUACUAACGCCUCCAAGUAAGGACACGAAGUCUGAAAAAUUAGCUUCAGAAGGAACAAUUUUGACUGCGAAUAAAUGUUCACCGGACACUGCAACAAAUCCAGGUUGUGCACCAGUUUUUCCGGAGACAGCAACAAUGGCAACUCCUAGGUUGCUCCCAUUGGUGUCUAUGCCAUUAAUGCCAUCAUUUUUACCAUUUUCUCAAACAACGAGCCCACUAUUACUGGCUCUCUGGUCUUCAAGAUCACUUUCGACUCCAUUACAAGGACAACAACCCUACGACGAGGGGCGAAUGUUGCUGAUGGUUCCUUUAAUAAUCGAGGAACUCCGUAAAGGAACCCUUUCCUUCGAAGAAAAGAGCAACCUUGCAUACAUAUAUGGCGAGUUGUGGCCCUUAAUAGUGGAGGAGUCUCAGAGGAAAUCUGGAGAACGAAUGAACAAGAAGCUUCUUCAGUUCUUCGCGGCGAUUAGCCGACCUGUGAGAAACCUAUAAAAUUCGACGUUCAUAUCCUUUUUACAUUCUGCGAAAGAGAUCUCGAAGGAUCUCAAAGGGUCUCAAAGGAUUUGAAACUCUUUCGGCCAUCCGAGUGAACCAACGCCAUGUCUCAUUACGCCAUCUUGUUUUAGCUGAACAUCUAAACAAAGGAGGAAAAAUCGCAAUUCAUAUCCUUUUUACAUUGUUUGAACAAGAUCUCGAAGGAUCUCAAAGGAUUUCGAAGGAUCUGAAACUCCCUUGGCCAUCCGAGUGGACGAACGCCAUAAUUCAUGACGCCAUUUGUUUUAGUUAAACAUCUGAACAAAGGAGGAACCUGUAAAAUUCGAAGUUCAUAUCCUUUUCACAUUCUGCGAACGGGAUUUCGAAGGAUCUCAAAGGAUCUUGAAGGAUUUCGAAAUAUCUGAAACUCCGAGUGGACCAAUGCCAUAACUCAUGACGCCAUCAUCUUUUAGCUAAACAUUUAAACAAAUGCAAAGUUGCUUCAACUUCUCUGUACAUAAUUUGAAAUAAUUCUUGUACUUGUACUUGUACGUAGUUUCCUGCAUUUUAACGCACUUCACGUCCUGAGAUCAAGGAAUUAAGUUUUAAGGUGAUAUGAAAGGUGUAUUCCAUGUACAUAAAACGUCAAAAUAUUUAUAUAACGUUUCUCUAACUGAGUACACCAAAUAAUUUGGCAUUUUAACACGUGAUUGUGGAGGUCCUAAUGAAAGACAUGAAACUCAUUUAUAGAAUGACAUUUCAUGUCACCUGACCCUUUCAUAUCACUUUAACUGGACUAAUCAAUGCUGACUCUGAUGUGCCGAAGUGCAAAUGACUUUACAAAGUUAAUGGACUACAGCACUGCCGAGUUUCGGCGUGUGUUGGACAUUGUCACUUUUUCAUUUUAACUAUACUUUAGAUAGUAGCUACCGAUUGCAAUCGCUUGUUACGACCUAACUAAACGUGGUUGGCUUCGUUUAAGUGGAACACUCGACGAUUGUAACGAACUGUGAUGAAAAAUAAAUGAACAGUGCGCUGAAAUUAUACUUGAUAUUGAAAAAUUUAGUAAUACCGAUGCCUGGGUGAUCUAUAUUUCUGUUUCAUUAAGGUGAUACGAAAGGGUUAUAUAUAAAAAUGUCAAAAUAUUUAUACAAAUUUUCCUCAUACUGGGUGCAUCAUGUGAAACAUCAACACGUGUUUAUUAAGGUGAUAUGAUUACUAAUACCGAUGCAUAUGAAAGAGUCGUACAUAAGAAUGUCAAAAUAUUUAUAAAACUUUUCCUCAUACUGGGGGCACCGAAUAAUUUGAAACAUCAACACGUGAUUAUGAAGGCCU